CAAAAAAGAGGAAUUAUUUUUACAGAACGAGAGUAGCAACCAACAUUGCUUGGUGGUGAUCACUGUGUCAUCAGCACAAGUCUAGUUACUCAUUGGGAGAGCAGCGCCAGCCUAGGUCUGCUGUUAAAAGGAAAUGAGAAUCCGUUUGGCCGACGCGACACCAAACACUCGCCAGGCCACUCACAGUCAUUAAACAAGCUAACGCAUCAAUGGCUCUCGCGGCGACGCCGACCUCCGGUGACCAGGCCAGAGGCGCACCGCCGCACCUGAUCUUCAUCCCGAGCGCUGGCAUGGGCCACAUCCACCCUUUCUCCCGCUUCAUCGCCGCCCUCGCGAGCCAAGGCGCCGUCGACAUCUCCGUCGUGAUCGCGCUCCCGACGGUCUCCGAGGCCGAGGCCGACCACUUCACCGCCCUCUUCGCGGCCUUCCCCGCCAUCCGACGCAUCGACUUCAACCUCCUGCCGCUCGACGACGCCACCCUUGCCGGCACGGACCCCUUCCUCCUGCGGUGGGAGUCCCUUCGCCGCUCCGCCCACCUCCUCGGCCCGCUCAUCGCCGGCGCCGCGCCGCGCGCGUCGGCCAUCGUCACGGACAUCACCCUGGCUUCCCAGGUCAUCCCCGUGGCUAAGAACGAGCUGCGGCUCCCGUGCCACAUCCUCUUCAUCUCAUGCGCGACCAUGAUGUCCUUCCUCGCCUACUUCCCCACCUACGUUGACGGCGCCAACACGGACCACCUCGCCGGGGACGUCGACGUCCCCGGCAUUGGACACCUCCCGGUAGAUUACCCCCCGCAGGUGCUGCGCGACCCGGACAACCUCUUCACCAAGCAGUUCAUCUCCAACGGCCGCGAGAUCGCCGAGGCAGACGGCAUUCUCCUCAACACGUUCGACGCCUUGGAGCCGGAGGCACUCGCCGCCCUGCGCGACGGCAAGGUCGUUUCCGGGUUCCCUCCGGUGUUCGCAGUCGGCCCGCUUAAGUCGACGAGCACAGAGAAGGAGGCGGUACAUGGCGGCGCCUCUUCACCUAUCGCCUGGCUCGACGAGCAGCCGGCGCGCUCGGUUGUGUACGUGGCCUUCGGCAACCGCAACGCGGCCGCGCUGGAGCAGAUCCACGAGAUCGGCGCCGGGCUGGAGGCGAGUGGCUGCCGGUUCCUGUGGGUGGUGAAGACGACGGUGGUGGACCGUGAGGACACAGCGGAGCUCAACGACGUGCUGGACGACGGGUUCCUGGGGCGCGUGCAUGGGCGCGGCCUGGUGAUCAAGGAGUGGGUGGACCAGGAGGCGGUUCUGAGGCACCCGGCCGUGGGGCUGUACGUGAGCCACUGCGGGUGGAACUCGGUGACAGAGUCGGCCGCGUGCGGCGUGCCGAUGCUGGCGUGGCCGAUGACGCUGGGCGACCAGCGCCUGGUAGCAACGGUGAUCAGGAGCGCCGGCUUCGGGCUGUGGCUGGAGCACUGGAGCUGGGACAGGGAGAGCUCGCUGGUGCGCGCGGCGGAGAUAGCGGAGAAGGUGAAGGCGGUGAUGGGCGAGGAGGCGAUCUCGGCGAGGGCUAAGGAGGUCGGCCGGGAGGCGACCAAGGCCGUUGCCCCGGGCGGCUCCAGCCACCGGAGCAUGCAGGAAUUCCUUGCCACGCUCAAGUGACUGCUCUGCUACCGGCCGGGAGCUGUUGGUUACUGAACCUCCUGCCCUGUCGCACUUUUUUUUUGGGAUACUGUCCUGUUGCACUUAUUUUGUACCAUCGUCUCGACUGAGUCGCUCAGGAUGCAUGAGAUAUGUUGCCUGAAAAUAAAGAGCCAGCUAUGUGUUAAUUGCUUGGAAAAAUUUGUUGUAAGUCAAUUCGCGCGUGAGGCAUUGAAUUGAAAUCGAA